GACAAGAGCAACGGGGGCAAGAUCCCCGCACCCGUCUUCGAUGGCACGAGCAAGACCAUGAAGAAGUACCGCCGAGAGGUCGCCACCUGGCAGAUCGGCACCGAGGUCAAGCCGCCCAAGCAGGGAGCGACCUUGCUGGCCAGCCUCAAGGGCAAGGCCGAGGAGGCGUGCGAGGAGCUCGACCUGGACGCCAUCAAGGGUGACGACUCGGUGGAGGUGUUCCUGGAGUACCUCGGGAAGCGCUUUCCCGAGAUCGAAGUGCUGGAGACCCCAGCGCUGCUGGAGACCUUCGUGCGCCCGGCCUGCGUCCGGCACAAGUACGAGGAGAUCCGCGACUGCAACAACCGCUUCAAUGGGAUCGCCACCAAGCUGAAGGCCAAGGGCAUCCAAGUGCCCGACGAGGUCUUGGCGGACCUGUACAGCAAGGGGGCCCGCCUGCCCCCGGAGCGCGCGGCGAGCGUGCUCAACGGUGUGGGCAACCAGUUCAACCCCACCAAGAUCCAGGAGCAGUUGAUGAUCAACUUGCCCAAGGUAUCGGUCGUGGACGGCAACAAGGACAGCCACGACAAAGGAGGCUACGGAGGUCACAAGAACAAGGACCACAAGCGGGCGUACGCCACGGAGACGUACGAGGAGGAUCGUAGGGCCGAGCUCGACGGCGCGUCCUCAGACAGCUCCGACGACUACGAGGACGAGCUGCCCGACGAGCUGCAGGACGUGAUCGACGAGGCGGAGGAGCAGGUAGCAUUCUUCACCAAGAAGAUGGUGCGCGCCAAGGAUAAGCUGAAGGAGGCGAAGCAGAUCGCCAAUAUGAAGGCCAGGACACACUGCGGCGCAUGCGGCCAGAAGGUCCAUUGGCGCGGUGACCCGCAGUGCUCGAAGAAGAACGACCCUAACGCCAAGGCCGACAUCCCGAAGAAGGGAAGCAACAGGACGAACAUCGCCACGCACGAGACCAGCGACGCGCAGGAGCCUCACGUGGCGGAGAUGACGGUCGCGGCGGUCUACCAGCAGGACCAGCGGGCCGCGGCUCGCGACAGGAAGUACGGUGCGCUGCUCAGCAUCGACUGGACGCAGAUCCGCCAGGCCGCCGAGCUACCCGAAGAAGUUACGGCGGCGGCGUCUUUCAUCAAUGAGGACCACCAGUGCCUGAUGGCCGCGACGAGCUCGGCGCUAAUCUACCUCAGCGUCGAGGACCUGCUGAAGGAGUCGGGGGGCAAGCUGACCUUCGACACGGCCUGCACUCGGUGCGUCGGCGGCCUCGACUGGUGCAACGACAUCAAGAAGAGGCUGGCCGCCUUCAACAUCCAGCCCAUCGAGUACCCCGAGAAGGAGCCGUUCCGGUUCGGGGCGUCGAAGGUGGCGUUCAGCCUCAAGGCGGCGCUGAUCCCCUGUUCGGUGAACGGUAGGGCCUUCACCGUCCGCAUGAGCAUCGUGCGCAGCGCCGUGCCAGGACUGUUCAGCCGCAAGGCCCAGAGCGAGCUGGACAUAGUCUUCCACGCCGGAGACAACAAGCUGGACAUCAAGUCGAUCGACGAGCACAACAUCCAGAUGGGCCUGAGCCGCGCCGGACACCCGACGCUGGACAUCGCAGGCUUCACGCCGAACUAUAAGCCCGUUUUGGACGUCUCGGAUACCAAGGCCGAGAUUCGUCUUCAUCCUUGCGCUUCUUACCAUGCUGAGACAGCUGUGGCCAGCGCCGCCAAGCCGGUGGCGCCCGAGGCUCGCCACCCAGGAGUUGCCUCGGAGGCCGACGAGUCUCCGUCGGAUACUGACUGCAAUGCUCUCGAUAGCGCCGAACUGUUCGAGCAGCAGGUGCGCCAGGAGACGAGCCCGGGGGGCAGCGGCCAGAACUUGCCGACGACGAGAACUGCCCGUCUUCCGGCGAUAUCCAGCGCGCGGAUGCCGGAGCUGCAGGCCGAGUUGGCAAGCUACGACUUGGAUGUGCGCGACGCCACGCGCGACCAGCUCCGGGUGAUCUCGCGUGCGCUGAGGGCCGAGGGCCACGAGAGCACGCCGCAGGACGACUAUAUCCCGGGGCUCGGCAAGAAGAACAGGGAGGAGCUCCAGCAGCUGCGUCGGGACCGCCAGAUCGAGUUCGACCAGCGCACGCCCGUGCCGGAGCUCAGGCAGCGCCUCAAGGGCUGGAAGGUCGAGGACGCGGUCAGCAGUGCCGCGGCGACGGUGGCUCAUCCGAUACCCCACGGCCGACUCCGCUGGGUGCUCAAGAACGACCUGGGCUACGCGCAGUGGGCGGUCCUGGAGCUCAGCAACAAUCGGGCAAGCCCACUCCUGGCGCGGUUUGCCAGGUGGGUAAAGGCGCACGGAGCGCCGCCCCUUCCCCCGGAGAAGGCCAAGACCACCUUGGAGGCAGCGAUGGCCGAGGAGGUGGUGCUGGACGACGAAUGGGUGGCGCCGGCGGCUACGACUACGAGCGCCUCAGGAAGCCAGGGGAGCUGGGCCGGGCAUCGGCGCCAGCGACCUCCGGAGCCGCACGAGAUGGACACCAGCGACAUGGGCUUCGAGAAGGCGGGCGAGACCGACAAGGACGGGUCGCCAGCCCCGAGGCGGCGGUCAGGCAUCAAGAAGGGCAAGCGCGUCGGCCUCCUCUACCAGGUCACGGGCUUGCUGAGCGCCUUCGCCUUUCAGGCAGUGCUCACCGCGGACUGGCUGGCUAGACCUCUCAAGCCCGUGGUGCAGCAUGCUGCCAGUGCUGCGCGAGACGUGGUCGACCACGUCCAGGACGUCAAGGAGGCCUACAGCGUUCGCAGCCACCGCGUGGACAUCAUGCAGGUGUUCGGAGGCGAAGGCGGCAUCACCGAGGCGGCGUGGAAGCGUCGGAUGACGGCCACAGAGGUGAUCGACCGCAGAUACGGAUGGGACUUACGCAAGCAGAAGGACCUCGACGCGACGUACGACCUGCACUACGCCUCAAGGCCGAAGUUCGUGUCAAUCGAGCUACCCUGCACCCACUACACGAACAUCACGCACCUCAACUUUCGGACGCCGCAGGCCAGGCAGGCGCUCCGACGGAUCUGGAGGACGGAGCGGCCGUUCCUUUUAUUGGCCCGCGACCUAUUCAAGUACCAGCUCGACUCUGGCGACAUGGCCAUGAUCGAGAACCCGGCCACCAGCCGGCUCUGGACACAGCGCGCGAUUUUGGAGCUACUGGCAGACGAGCGCGUGUACCAGGUGAGGUGCGACAUGUGCGAGUACGGAGCUCGACACUACAAGACGGGGGGGCUCAUCAAGCACCCCACGAAGCUGCUCGUUACCCACAAGGAGUUCGAGCAGCUGAAGCGCACCUGCAGCCGCAAGCACCACGACCAGACCUUUGGGGACAACGUGGCGGUGCGCAAGUCUGGCGUUUAUCCCGCUAAGUUCUGCAGAGCGGUGGUGCGCAUUGUGGAGCAGGUGAUUCGCCAGCAAGGAGGGCAUCGCGCCUACCAGGUGGACUGCCAGUCGCACUCGUCGCCCUUCAUCGUGACAGUGCCCAGGGAGCAGGCCACCGCCUACGUAAACGACACCGCGCCCCUGGGAGAGACGGGCGAGCCUGAUGGGGACCCAGACCCCAUGGGCGGCGGAGACGACUUCGCCGACACUCACGACGUGCGGGCCGAAGAUACUGUGGACGGCAGGAUCAGGGUCGGCGCGAUUACUUUCACAAAGAAAGCAGCGGCCUGCUGCAAGCCAGCCGAGCUGGCCAUGCUCAAGAGACUCCAUGUCAACUUGGGCCAUCCGUCUAAUGAAGAUUUGGGCCGCAGUUUGCGACUCAAAGGCGCUAAGUCGGCCACCGUCCAGGCCGUCAAGGGGCUGAUCUGCGGGGUGUGCCGCUCGCGGCAGCGCCCGAGCGCGAGGAGACCAGCGCACCUCCACUUCGUGCAAGAUUUUGGAGACGACCUCGGCUUCGACUGCUUCGAGCUCAAGGACGUCGACGGCAAGAGCUACUGGUAUUUCAGCAUCGUCGACCUGGCCACCACCUUCCAUGUCGCGACGCUGAUCGGUCGCCACACCAGCCAGGAGAUCGCUGCCGCGUUCGAGAGGUGCUGGGCCUCUUGGGCGGGCGUACCCGACCGAGUUCACUUCGACAUGGAGAAGGGGUUCGGCGGCGCCCUCAGCGAGCUGUUCCAGUCAUUCAACACGGUGCAGCUGCCCAUCGCUGGUCAGGCACAUUGGCAGCUCGGUCGCGUGGAACGCCAGGGAGCUUGGUGGAAGGAGCUCGCGGCGAGGACGAUCGAGCACUCGUCGAUCAGGGGCGAGGACGAGAUGCGGACGCUGGCCACCAUGGUAUCGGGCGCGAAGAACUCGCUGAGAAGGCGAGCAGGCUUCAGCCCCGCGCAGUGGGUGCUGGGACGCGACCCCAAGAUGCCUGGAGACCUAGUCGACGACACGGCCAACUACAGCGCCCACAGCCUCGCGGCCAACGACGAGAAGAUUCGCCGCCGAUAUGCCAUUCGGACGGCGGCGCGCGAGUCGUUCAUGAGGAUGCAGAACGACGACCAGCUCCGGCGAGCUAUGCUGGCUCGCGCGCGCACGGCGGCGACGCCCUUGUCAGUGGGCGAGAUGUGCUACGUCUUUCGCCAGGUCAAGAAGAAGGAGCAGAAGGAGCAGCACAACCGCAACGCCAAGAAGGGCAUCUGGCGAGGGCCGUGCGUAGUCAUCGGCCACCAAGGCGAGAACACCUGGGUCUCGCUAGGAGGGCACACCAUGCUGGUGGCCCCGGAGCACAUCAAGGCACUCGCUCCGGACGACGUCUGGUUCCCGAACGGCAGGGACGAGAUCGGUCAGGCCGUGGCCGAGCUCAAUCGGGCUCGCGACUCGCUCGAACAAGAAGAGGCUCAGGUGGAGGACAUCCGCCCGGCGCCUGGCGAGCCCGAGGUCAAGCCAGACGAGAUGGAGCAGGCGUGGCGGGAAUUCAUCGACAACCCGGACGACAGCGACCUCAAGUUGAACGUCUCCGAGGAUCCGCCCCAGCAGGAGCAGAUCCAGGUGCUGCCCGCCGACGUUCCGCAACAAGCUGAAGAAGAGCGAACCUACGGCCCUGACGAGUUCCGACGACGUCGAGCUACCUUCGACGGAGGGGACAGCGGCGACUUCGGCCCGGCCUUCAAGCGACUCCAGACCGAGAGGAAGAACGCAGGCUCUGGCGCCCUGCCCGCAAGGGCAACUUCGCGGGACCGCGCGGCGGCCCCCGAUCAGGAGGCAGCGGCCGGACCCGAAGCAGGAGGAGCCCGCCAACGUUCGAGGUCGGCUCCAAGACAAGUAUUGCAAACCUCCAUCGUGACCGAGAGGAUCAAGCGCAAGCAGUCCGACAAGGAGAUCAACUGGAGGGCCAUCAAGGACUCCGAUCGGGAGCUCUUCAGGGAGGCGGCCGCCAAGCAGUGGAGCGAGUGGCAGAAGUAUGGCUCUUGUCAGGUACUCUCCAUCGAGGAGUCCGAGGCGAUCAGGGGCGUGAUCAAGCCCAGCCUCAUCCUGCCCAGCCGGUUCGUGUACCGGGACAAGAACGCCCCGCUGCGGACCGACAAGCAUCCGCUGCCGGUCAAGGCAAAGGCCCGACUCUGCGUCGGGGGUCAGAUGGACCCGCGCCUCGCUCAGGGCGACCUGCGGACGGACGCGCCCACGGUCACCCGCAACUCGACCAUGCUGUUCUUCACCAUCUGCCAGAGGUUCGACCUGGAGAUCUACGCGGCGGACGUGGAGGCGGCUUUCAUGCAAGGCGACGAGCAGCCCGACCAGCAGCUGUGCAUGGCCCAGCCUCGCGAAGGUUUGCCUGGGCUGAACCCGAAGCAGCUGAUCAAAAUCCUCAAGGGAGUUUUCGGGCUGGCCACGGCACCGAGACAAUGGUGGGCGAAGCUCAAGAGGACACUGCUGGCGGUGGAGGAGAAGCUGAGCGACAACUACGUGUUUCGCCUACACCAGCACUCGCUAGACCCAGCGCUGUACUACGGCUACGACCAGCACGGUGAGCUCUGCGCGGUGGUGGUCGCCCACGUGGACGACCUGCUGCUGGGGAUCUCGCACAAGUACCCGGGCCUCUACGACAGGCUUCACAAGCUUUUGCCCUGGGGCGACUGGCGAGGCUUGCCUUUUACCUUGUGCGGCAAGCAGGCCUGGCGAGAUCAAGAGGAAGUACUGCAUCUACGACAGACCGAGUACGCGAACACCAUCGAGGAGAUUCCGCUCAGCAAGGAGCGCAAGACGGACCUGUCGUCAGAUGCUACGCCAGCCGAGUUCUCGGACAACCGCUCCGCACUCGGAGCGCUCGGGUGGUUUUCAUCGCAGACUCGUCCCGACCUGGCAGCUGGAGUGGCCAUGGGGCAGCGGACCCAGAACAAGCCCACCAUCCAGGACUUGUUCGAGACGAACAGGCUCAUCAAGUUGGCGCGGAAGCACGCGGACGUGGGUUUGGAGUUCCCUAAGUUACGUGGACCUCUGUGCCUGGUGACGUACCACGACGCCAGUUGGGCCAACGCUGACGAGCCCGCUGAAGGCGCCAUCUCCAAGUUGCUCGCCAAGACCGCGGGGGCAACCAGUAAGGACAAGAAGAUCCAGAUUCGCUCGCAGGCCGGCUACGUGAGUUUUCUCGCAGUCACAGAUUGCGCCAGCUUGUACGAUACGAUGCAUAAAGACGGUUAUUCCAAGCUCCCGUCAGAGCGGCGCCUUUUGCUCGACCUAGUGGGCCUCAAGGAGUCACUAGAAGAGGAAGUUAGCAACGAGUUUGUCGCUGACGAUCAGCGCAGCCAACUACCCCUCUUUUGGGUUCCGACUGAUCAGCAGCUCGGUGAUCAGUUCACCAAGCGAUCGGACGGCAGUGCCAUCAGGGCAGUGCUGCGAGACACACGUCUCGCUUUGCAGCAUCAAGAGCCGACGGACCAGGCCAGAGAGCACGAGGCACACCUGACCAGUGCCGGCUCACUUUUCAAGCGCGCAGUGCGCCUGGUUUCAUUUUAG